GCAUGCGCCAACCGUUGGAACGACGGCAAGGCAGCGAGGACUACAUAGGUGUCUCGCGCGUGUUUCGUGUGUGUGUGUGUUGGGUCGGUUGAACAAAAAAAAAAAAAAAAAAAAAAAAAAGAAAGUACCGAGAGCACCGGGACCGGGAGAGGAGCCAACAUCUUCACCAGAUGCAACCGAAAAACAGCCAUACGGGUGGAGACGUUUUUUAAAUUCAACGGGAACCUGAGCCAGAUAUUUUUAUCUCCAAACUGCACGUCAAGACAGAUUUUAGUUGUUUUAACUUGAGAGGAGUUUAAACACGCCAUCCCCCGAGCCAUAGUCCUCCUCAACCUUUUUAGGAAUCGAGACAUAGUGUGGACGGCGUACCUCUCGGCGCAGUUUGAUGGGAAGAUUGGGAUUGAAAUCACGGGAACGGACCUCUUUGUGUGUUUGAACUUGCACUACAUGCCUGGUGGCAGUCGACAGCUUUGCUUCAAUGGAGAACCACAGCAGCAAAAGAACAAGUUGUAGAGGCCGCCGUUACCUCAGCAUCACCUGGGAGAUAGCCUAGCUCCGCUCAGCUUAGGUCAGCACAGCCACACUUGCUAGUCCUUGACCAACCCCAUCCUUCCUCCUCCUCCUGCUUCUUCCUGUCCUCUUUUUCCUCCUCCUCCGCAUCCGCGAGUCGCCAUGGCAUCGGUGCGCUUCACGGUGACCCCCACGAAGGCGGAAGAUCUCCCGGGGCUGUCCGACACGUCGCCCGACAUCAGCUCCCGCUCAGGGGCGCGAGUCCGCUUCGGCUCCAGGGAGAGCGUGAACCGGAGCGACCCGCUCAGCGAGGCGUCGGGAGGCAUCACGACGGUCGGAGGGGCCGACACGCCGGAUCACAGCAGCGUGGAUCAUGGUGAUGGAAACUCCAAAAUCUCCAGCGUGUACAUCAACAACACCCACGGCAUGGACGACGACGACUUCUACGACCGAAACUUGGCCUUAUUUGAGGAGGAGAUGGACACUCGGCCGAAGGUGUCGUCUCUGCUCAAUCGCCUGGCCAACUACACCAACCUGACGCAGGGCGCCAAGGAGCACGAGGAGGCCGAGAGCAUCGGAGAGAAGAAGAAAACCAGCAAGUCGCCACAGAUGGGGACGUUCAUGGGCGUUUACCUGCCUUGCCUCCAGAACAUCUUCGGCGUCAUCCUCUUCCUGAGGUUGACGUGGGUGGUGGGAUCAGCUGGAGUGCUGCAGGGCCUCUGCAUUGUCUUCAUAUGCUGCUGCUGCACGAUGUUGACCGCUAUAUCGAUGAGUGCAAUCGCCACGAAUGGAGUUGUACCAGCGGGAGGCGCCUACUUCAUGAUCAGUCGCUCUUUGGGUCCAGAGUUUGGGGGGGCGGUGGGCCUGUGUUUCUACUUGGGAACCACCUUCGCCGGAGCCAUGUACAUCCUGGGAGCCGUUGAGAUCCUGCUGAUGUACAUCGCACCUAAAGCAGCCAUAUUUGAGUCGAAGCAACCCGAAGGCGAAGGGGCGGCGAUGUUGAACAACAUGCGUGUCUACGGCUCCAUCUGUCUCCUCCUGAUGUCCUUGUUGGUUUUCGUCGGCGUGAAGUACGUCAACAAACUGGCCUCCAUCUUCUUGGCCUGCGUCAUCGUCUCCAUCGUCUCCAUCUACAUCGGAGCGCUGGUCUCCGCCUUCAUGCCGCCACAAUUCCCCGUGUGCAUGCUGGGAAACAGAACCAUCAGCGGCCACGAAAUAGAUGACAGCCAGUGCGCCAAAACCAUCCUGCUGCAGAUCAAAGAGUCGGCGGAGGGAGUCGACGCCAACUUCACCUUUAUUCACGAAAACGACACCGUGGGCCCGACCUUUGACCCCAGCCCUUCUACCAUUCUGGUGGAGACCACAUAUCUUUGGAAGCAUUUCUGCCAGGGCCCUGAACUCAACGCCUCCUGCGACAAAUACUUCACGUCCAACAAUUUCUCAGAGAUCGACGGGAUUCCCGGCCUGGCCAGUGGGAUCAUAUCAGAGAACCUGUGGAGCUCUUACCUCAGCAAAGGUGACGUGGUGGAGAAAGGUUCCCUGAAAUCGUCUCACGACGCACAGCCGGCGUCCAAUCAUCAGCCGUACGUGUUCGCCGACAUCACCACCUCCUUCACGCUGCUGGUGGGCAUCUUCUUCCCAUCCGUCACAGGAAUCAUGGCUGGUUCAAACCGGUCGGGGGAUCUGAAAGACGCCCAGCGCUCCAUCCCCAUCGGAACCAUCCUCGCCAUCCUCACCACCUCCAUCGUCUACCUGAGCAGCGUCGUUUUGUUCGGCGCCUGCAUCGACGGGGUCGUCCUCAGAGACAAGUUUGGAGACUCCGUUAAAGGGAAUCUGGUGGUGGGCACUCUGGCUUGGCCGUCUCCCUGGGUCAUCGUGAUCGGCUCUUUCUUCUCGACAUGCGGCGCUGGCCUCCAGUCGCUGACCGGUGCUCCCCGACUCCUGCAGGCCAUCGCCAAGGACAACAUCAUCCCCUUCCUCAGGGUGUUUGGCCAUGGGAAGGCUAACGGGGAGCCCACCUGGGCCUUGCUGCUGACCGCCCUGAUAGCUGAGCUGGGGAUCCUCAUCGCUUCUCUGGACCUGGUGGCUCCCAUCCUCACAAUGUUCUUCCUGAUGUGUUACCUGUUCGUGAACCUGGCUUGCGGCCUGCAGACGCUCCUGAGGACGCCCAACUGGAGGCCGCGCUUUUCCUAUUACCACUGGACCUUGUCAUUUUUGGGGAUGACUAUCUGCCUGGCGCUCAUGUUCAUAUCCUCUUGGUACUACGCAAUCGUUGCCAUGGUGAUCGCCGGCAUGAUCUACAAGUACAUUGAGUACCACGGAGCAGAGAAAGAGUGGGGGGAUGGGAUCCGCGGUCUCUCGCUCAGCGCUGCCCGUUACGCCCUCCUGAGGUUGGAGGAGGGACCGCCGCACACCAAAAACUGGAGGCCUCAGGUGCUGGUCUUACUAAAACUGGACGAAGACGCCCACGUCAAGUCUCCUCGCCUGCUGACGUUCGCCAGCCAGCUGAAGGCGGGAAAGGGGCUGACCAUCGUCGGCACGGUCGUCUCCGGCAACUUCCUGCAAAGCUACGGAGAGGCCCUCGCUGCCGAGCAGACUCUGAAGCAUCUGAUGGAUAAGGAGCGAGUGAAGGGCUUCUGUCAGUGCAUCGUGGCUCAGAAACCACGGGAGGGUAUCAGCCACAUGAUCCAGUCCAGCGGCCUGGGGGGAAUGAAACCCAAUACCGUGGUGAUGGGCUGGCCUCAUGCCUGGAGGCAGAGCGAGGACCCUCAGUCCUGGAAGACCUUCAUCAACACAGUGCGGGUGACCACAGCGGCCCACCUGGCUCUGCUGGUGCCCAAAAACAUCUCUCUGUUCCCCAGCAACAGCGAGCCAUGCACGGAGGGCUACAUCGACGUCUGGUGGAUCGUCCACGACGGAGGGAUGCUGAUGCUGCUGCCCUUCCUGCUGCGCCAACACAAAGUGUGGCGUAAAUGCGGGAUGCGGAUCUUCACCGUGGCCCAGAUGGAGGACAAUUCAAUCCAGAUGAAGAAGGACCUGGCAACCUUCCUGUAUCACCUCCGCAUCGAGGCCGAGGUGGAAGUAGUUGAGAUGCACGACAGCGAUAUCAGCGCGUACACUUACGAGAGGACCCUGAUGAUGGAGCAGAGGUCUCAGAUGCUCAGACAGAUGCGGCUGUCUAAAUCCGACCGGGAGAGAGAGGGAAACCCUGGUAGCAGCAGCAGUAGGCCAGAGGCAGGUGGAGCUACAAGGUCUCAGGUGUAUCUUUUCCCCAGGUACAGGAGUACUGGAGUCCACACCUCAAACACCUGCAAAGGAAACAGAGACAGACAGGCCCAGCUGGUGAAAGAUCGUAACUCCAUGCUGCGGCUGACGAGCAUCGGAUCGGACGAUGACGACGACACAGACGGCGGAGAUCGAGACAGGCCGACGAGCAGCGGCGGUGGCGGAGGCAGCUCCGAGCAUCAGCGACGGGUUCAGAUGACCUGGACCAAAGAGAGGACCUCGCAGUACAGAGCCACGCACUCCGGCUGCUCCACGCCCGAAGGCUUCAGAGACAUGCUCAGCAUCAGGCCGGAUCACUCCAACGUCAGGCGGAUGCACACCGCCGUCAAGCUCAACGAGGUUAUCGUUAACAAAUCCCACGAUGCCCGGCUCGUCCUGCUCAACAUGCCGGGACCCCCAAGGAACACGGAGGGAGACGAGAACUACAUGGAGUUCCUCGAGGUUCUAACAGAAGGAUUGGAGCGUGUCCUGUUGGUCCGAGGAGGAGGAAGCGAAGUCAUCACCAUCUACUCCUGAUCGGCCGACCGGAGGAAGCCAGCGAGCGAAAAAAGGCAACCGAUCACGCAGAAGUGAAGUGAAGCGAAGGGAGGCGGCGGCGGUGGUGGUGGUGGAGCCUGUGAGCUCCAGAGAGGAGGAGGGGCCUCAAAAAUUAAAAAAAAAAAAGAAGAGAGACUGUCAUUGGCUGCAGCGUCAGUCGUCACGCCCAACAACCCCUCUUCACUUCCCGCCUUUUUCCUUUUUAUCUUUACACUUUGCCGUCAUGACGAGGGUUUCCAUUCCACUUAUGUGAAGCUACAGAAAUGCCAACAAAAAAAAAAGAGUGAUCACUGUGUGUGUGUGUGUGUGUGUGUGUGUGUGUGUGUGUUUGUUUGUGUGAAAGCCAUCCACCUGAAGGAGGUUUGGUUUGUUGGAGAAAGGGACCAGUGGUUGUGUGAGGUGAGUUUUUGGGGGGCGGUGGACCAGCGAAUGAGAAGAAAUAAUCCAACACAGAGCGUCCCAGAAACCGAGCAGUCGCAGACUCAGGGUUGCUUUUUGUACAGAAUGUAUUUUGGAAGUGUUUCUAGAGAGUACGCCGAAUGUCUGAAUCGUUUUUGUUGUUUUUCUCUCCUUGAAGACGGUAAAGUUUAUUUUAAUGCUACAUAAGAAGGAUGAGGACGUUUUUUUUUUUUUUCCUGCUCAGUGGUUAAUUUAAAGGAGCUGUUUCCUUACUUGAAAGUGAAAAUUCACGGUUAUUUAACUGCAUUCAGGGUCCAUUCAGACAGAAUCCGGGCUGAACGCAACCGCCGUAAAACAAUCGGGAAAUAACUUUUUAUCUCGCCAAUUAACCGGCUUCAUCGAUAAUUGGCGCUCCCUCACUCUCAUUCACCGUCUAUGUCGCUCAACCACCGCUCACUAACCAAAUUAAACUUCGUAUCUCUUUUAUUUUACAGCGUAAAUUCUGAGUCAGACUCACAGUUUAGACGCCGGGUACGUGAAAUAAACAAAGCCAGAACACAACAGGACUUCUCCGCCGGAUUCUGUCUGAGUCGCGCCCCCCGUCGUUUCCUUUUCUUACCUCAGAAUUUGUUUGAUCGCACGGUGAAAGUUCAAAGUCGAGUGACACUGAAUUGUUUUCAAAAUUUUCGUGCGUUUGUCUGAACUUGCUGCUAUUUCUCAGAAUCGUAUAAUCUCCUGUACGGAGGCCCACUUUCGCCAGGCAGUACUUUAAGGUUUCAUUAAAACUACCUGCUGCUCUUAAUGUGGUUAGUUAUUAGAUUAGAUUUCUAAAUUUGGAAGUCAAACUUGUAGUUCUAAA